GAAAACCCCCUUUUUUUUCGCCUUACGCCAAGGGUAAGGGGUGUGCAUAAGGAGGUACAAUUACAUUUGCUGAAAGCUUUCUUAUUUAAAAUACAUACUGUAUUCUUUUCCUGUAACUAUUGUCUUUAAUCCGUUUUGAUACGAUCCACUGCAACAACCAACGCUCCUCAUAUCAAAGACAAGAUGUGUCUCACAGUGACUGGACCAGGGGCUCUGCCCUUUGCUGUGCAGUUGAAGGCUCUGACUGACCAGGAGUUCAGGUACCAGCCCAAGCUGAGCGGGCUGAGGAUCAUUGAGACGGCCCAUGACAACGGCCUGAGGAUGACCACCCGGCUCAGGGAGUACGAGGUGAAGGACCUCCUGUCUCUGACCAGGUUCUUUGGCUUCAGUGCAGAGACCUUCUCCCUGGCCGUCAACCUGCUGGACCGCUUCCUCGCUGUCAUGAAGAUCCAGCCGAAGCACCUGUCAUGCGUGGGCUUGUCCUGUUUCUACAUUGCUGUGAAGACCACGGAGGAGGGGAAGAAUGUCCCCAUGGCCAACGAGCUGAUCCGGAUCAGCCAGAACCGCUUCACCGUGUCCGACAUGAUGAGGAUGGAGAAGAUAAUUCUGCAGAAGCUCUACUGGAAGGUCAAAGCCCCCACAGCCCUCUACUUCCUCAGGCUGUUCUACAGCCGGAUACAGGACACGCUUGAAGAUGACUGCGAGGAGAUCAUGAAUGUUGAGAGACUAGAAGCACAGCUGAAGGCAUGCCAUUGCUCUUUCACUUUCUCCAAAGUCAAGCCCUCUCUGCUUGCCCUGUCCUUGUUGGCCCUGGAGCUUCAGGAGCAGCAUGACCAUGAGCACAUAGACAAGCUGCUAAACACCUUCCAGUCUCUCCAGCAGCAACUCACUGUCCGAGAAGGAGACCUGGUUAUCGUGACAGAGUUGGUUAUGAAGUGUCUGAUUGAGUAUUCAACCACCAGGGUCUCCAGGCCCAACAGCCAGAGGCUUCGUUGGAUCCUCUCUGGCAGAACGCAACGCACGUUGAAACACAGCUACUACAAGAUCGCCCAUAUGCCCACAAUCCCUGAGUCUGCCUACUGAAAGCCCGGGGCUGGGUGACCACCGAUAAAAGUAGGAGUAGAUCUAAAAGGAGACAGAUAUAAAAGGAGAAGUAGGUUACCACCUCUACUCCCCUAAAAAUGUUUUGUUUUUCAGUUUAAUGGGGGAGAAAAAGCCCCCCAAAAAACGACAACUUCUUGUACUCUACUGUUGCUACGUGGUCACCUACCUCCAUCAAUCACUAACCCAUUUCCCUUACAGAACUGCAUUAUGGAUGAUGCAGUUCUUUAAGGGGAAAACCUAUAAACUUAUUUCCCCCUUUCUCCUGGUUUUUGUUCUCAUGGUACUUUUUGAAUAAGCUCACUAUUUAUUAGCCUACAUCUGCUUCAUUGACUAAGUGUGCAUCUGAAAGGGCACCCUAUUCCCUAUAUAGUUCACUACUUUUGAUAAGAGCUGAUGUGUUAUUUAAAGGGAAUAGGUUGCCAUUGAGAAGGCACACUAAGGGAGUAAUGCCCGGUCAAGAGUGGGUUUAUCCGCUGCCAUCUAGCGAAGGUUAAAUUCUUCCUGGUUGAAAUGCUUGCACGCGUGUAUACAGUAUGUUCUUAUCUGAAUCAGUACCAACAUGAAUACUCUGCAUAGUAUUCUAUCGUGGUUGCUGGUUUUAAGCAAUGAAGUAUAGAACCACCUAGGUCCUCAGUCCACUAUGUGGAAGAGGAGGGAGAAGGGUUUUGUGAAAAUGCAAAAACAAUGGAACCAAGAAAUCGGACCCAAAACCCUUAACUUCCACCCUAGGUUGAUGAACUGACCUAAAAAUGCACACACCUCUACCCAAGGUGAACGUUUUCUUUUUUUACUAUUGAAAUAUUGAUAUAUAUUUUUUGUACUUGUGGAGGACGUUUGUUGAGGUUUCCUCAGUGAUGUGAUGAUCCUGCACAUGCAUUGGUUUUAGCUUGCAGGAUAGCAUGCUGAAACUGGCUGUGGUUGACAUGGUACCCCACAAGGGUGCCAUUUUGGACACAACCACUAUCUUCUAAUGUAAUGUUGACUAUUACUAACAACGGUUACAGAUGGAUCACGAUUACAAAAUAUGAUGUAGAAUUACCUUGAUUUGUGGCAAAAUCUUAGCCUUUAGAAAACAACCAUUUGCAAAUGCACUCUAAGUCACUUAGGUAAAGCACAGUAGAUAUAGGAAAUUAAGUUAGCUUGAUUUACAUUUGACCAUAGGCCCCCCAAUUGAUCUGACAAAUGAAGUUGUUCGUUAAGAAUUUGAAGUUGAUGUUCUGAAAUGUGAAAACUUUGCCUUAAAGUUGGAAUUACACCACCUGUUCAACUCAUGAGUUUGUACCUUUCAAUAAAAUUAUAUUGAAAAGCUG